CUCGGAUUUAUUUCUGUCGGUCAUCUCUGUCUUCUUCUUGUACCACCUUGGACUUGUUCCCCUUUUCAUCGUCUCUCUCCCUCUCUAAACCUAACGUUGGAGCAGUCUCAUCAAUGGUGAUUUAACUUUUUCUCUUGUUAAGUUGCAUUGCCGCCACUCUAUGUAAAAGGCGAGGGUGGCCCCAGCAAUCCAUCGGGUUUCCACGGUUGAGGAACGGGAUCCAACAUGGCGAAAUCAUAUGCUUCAAGAAAGAUCGCAUCUCCCGUCUACAGUGCGAAGGAAAUAGAGACCACGCUUUGCUUUAGCUCGCCUUCAUUGGACAGGGAAAAGAAAGCGUUUCUUGGGUCGACAAGCUUGCGGAUUAGAUACAGAGAAGAGCACUCACAGGAAUCGGAUGGUUUACACGGCAAGCGUUCGCACCUUUCGUUGUCCGAGCCGGCAAGUUCAAGAAGCAAGGCUGCCGCGACAAAGUUGCAGACGGUCUACCGUAGUUUCCGGACCAGAAGACAGCUAGCUGAUUGCGCGGUUCUCGUGGAACAGAGAUGGUGGAAAUUGCUGGAUUUCGCCGAACUAAAGAGGAGCUCCAUAUCUUUCUUCGACAUCGAGAAACCCGAGACUGCCAUUUCACGUUGGUCAAGAGCAAGGACUAGAGCUGCUAAGGUUGGAAAGGGCUCGUCCAAGGAUGAAAAAGCUAGAAAACUCGCUUUGCAGCAUUGGCUCGAGGCGAUUGAUCCCAGGCACAGAUAUGGCCAUAAUCUUCAGUUUUACUAUGUCACGUGGCUCCACUGCAGGAGCAAAGAGCCCUUCUUCUAUUGGCUUGACAUAGGUGAAGGAAAAGAGGUCAACAUCGAUAGAUGCCCUCGAGCAAAGCUUCACCAGCAGUGCAUCAAGUAUCUCGGACCGACUGAGAGGAUGGCCUUUGAGGUCGUAAUAGAGAGCGGGAAGUUCUCCUACAAGCAAAGCGGUGAGAUCCUUGACACGAGAGGAGCGCCCAAAGAUGCUAAGUGGAUCUUUGUGCUUAGCACAUCCAAGGACUUAUACGUCGGGAAGAAGAGCAAGGGCACGUUUCAGCAUUCGAGCUUUUUGGCUGGCGGGGCCACAUUAUCUGCCGGCAGGUUAGAGGUGGAAGAUGGUAUACUAAAGGCGGUUUGGCCCCACAGCGGGCAUUAUCUGCCGACUGAAGAGAACUUCGAGGCUUUGGUGUCAUUCCUCAAGGAGAAGAAUGUGGACCUUACCAAUGUCAAGAAAUGCCCUACCGAGGAAGAAGAGGCAGUCCUUGCGAGAAAUGGCAAAAGCCUCCCAAGCAAUCCCUCUGAGGUCGAUUUGGUACGAUUCCACAAAGAAUUGCGUGAUGUGAAAUCAGCUGACGAGGAACCUAACUUACAGGUGCGCUGUGGCGAUGCCGUCAGCGACUCCGAUCCUCAAACGACCACUUGGUCGCGGCGAGUAGGCUCGAGCAUAACCAAGCUCGAAAUACCGCAAAGGCCUAAUGGGUUCCACACGUUUGGAGAAGAAGCGCUUCCGAGUGGGCUGAGCCGUUGGACCCAGUUCGCCGGCAGUCCUUCGGAGGACGACGGGUACGAAACCCCGGAAGAAUCGUUCCUCAGUGAAGAGGACUUCAUGGUCCCUAAACUGAACAUGUUCGACGAGGAAGAUGCGGAAGUGGAAUGCCCGGUUCCGAGGGAGAAGAUCUUGCAAAGAAUAGAUUCGCACAGAGGGUCGAGAUCAUAUCAGCUGGGUCGCCAGUUGUCCUUCAAAUGGACAACCGGGGCCGGCCCGCGCAUUGGCUGCAUGAGGGAUUACCCCAUGGAGCUCCAAUCCCACGUGUUGGAGCUCGCAAACUUGUCCCCGAGAGCAUCGAGCACGCAUUCCUCGCCAUCCGGCUCGUCCCGGCUCAGCCCGAAGGUGCUAACACCGACGUCUCUAUGUAGAGAGGCCACGAUGAGCAGAAGCCGCUUCGUCCAGGAACGGGUCAUGACGUCCCAGACAGCCACGCCGUAGUGUUAUGUAUACACAUGCCGGAUCAGGAGGCAUUUUUUUGCUUUGCAUUGUUUGAUUGCUUUGAUAGGAAACCCCCCCUUCUCGUCGGGGGGAAAAGCUUGUUUGGAACACUUUGGCAAAUGCCA